CAGGUAGACUCGUGGAAGCGUGAAAAGUUGGCUUCCGAUUUAUUUAUCUGUUCGUUGGGAAGUGUUUCAAAUGCUCAUGUUCUUUAAACGUUGGAUGAGCAUGUGAGUACCAUAGAAAAUUGUUAAUGAAUAACAUUUAACUGGAUAAAGUUGGAGUAGUGAAUAUAUGAGUAAAAAUACGUGGGAGGUAAAACGGUAUCAGUGUGAGGUUUACGGAUGAUGCCUAAGCACUUGUCAUCCACGGGGCUUAUGUCCAGUGCCAUAUAUUCUUUACGGUAACAACACGUUUUGUGAUAAGAAAUCAAGUGACAAUCAAACUGGACGUCCAAGGCCUUCGGCUUAAUCAAUCAGCAGACAUGGCCACAACAACUGAAGAAAUGAGGGUGACUGAUCUACGAGCGGAAAUAGAACGACUCUCUAGGGAACUUGACCUUGUAUCCACUGAAAAAAUUCAGUCUGCUCAGUAUGGUCUUGCAUUAUUAGAAGAGAAGUCUGCACUUGAACAAAGAUGUAACGAACUCGAAACACUUUACGAUAAUACUAAACAUGAGCUUGACAUUACUCAAGAGGCAUUGGCAAAAUUUCAAACGACAAAUAAACUGACUACCAAAAGUGGGAUUGAACAAGAAGAGAGUUUAUUAAACGAAAGUGCAGCUCGAGAAACAUCAUUACAGACUCAAAUCAUUGAUCUCGAAAAUGAGAUCAAACAAUUACGUCAUGAAUUAGAACGUGUUCAAGUUGAACGAGAUCAUGCUCUCCAAGAGCGCGAAGAUGUGAGUAAAAAUCACCAUCAAGCGGAAAGUGAACGUAAAAGCUUGCGUACAGAAUUAAGAGAAUGCCGUUUCCGUGAAACACGGCUUCUUCAAGAUUAUUCUGAAUUGGAAGAUGAAAAUAUUUCAUUACAAAAACAAGUAUCGACUUUACGAUCAAGCCAAGUAGAGUUUGAAAGUGCCAAGCACGAAAUUAGGAGAUUAACUGAAGAAGUUGAGCUUCUUAAUAGUCAAGUAGAAGAGUUGACUAAUUUAAAAAAAAUAGCUGAAAAACAAAUGGAAGAAGCUCUUGAAUCUUUACAAGCUGAACGUGAAGCUAAAUAUGCUCUGAAAAAAGAACUAGAUCAGCGCAUGAAUAGUGAAUCAAUUUACAAUUUAAGUAGUUUAGCAUUUUCAAUACGUGGUAUGACUGAGGAUCAAACGAUAUGUAGUGAUGGUGAGGAUGAUUCUCCAACAUUAAGAAGAAUUGAGGAUGAUUUGAAGACUCAAGAACCUGGUACAUCAGCAGCAACUAAACAAGUUGAUCUAUUUUCUGAAAUUCAUCUUAAUGAACUUAAAAAGCUUGAAAAACAAUUAGAACUAGCUGAAUCAGAGAAAGCUGUUCUCUCACAAAAUUUACGUGAUAGUCAACAUACAGUGGAAAAAAGCCAAGGGGAAUUACAGUCAUUUGUGGCUAAGAUAGUUCAAUUAGCAGCGCGUGUUCAAUCACUUCAGCAUUUACAUUCAAAUCUUCCAGAGAAAACGGACGAAAUUGCCAUAGAUAAACUCAAUCAGGCUGUUAUGCAAUAUCAACAAUGGUGUAAAAUAUCCGCAAAUGAAGUAGAGCAGCUCCAAAAAGAUAUAAGUGAACUUGAAGAAAAUUUGACUGUAUCUGAUGCAACACAACAAUUGAGAAUGGAGUUGACUAAUCUUCGAAAUAAGAUCCCAGUGUCAGUGAAGAGCCUUCAGGAAAAGCUAUUGGAUACUGAACAUAAGAAUGCUCAAUUAGAAUCGGACAUUCAGAUCCUAUCGAAGUGUGCAUCUGAAGCUGGAGGUGCUCUUGAUAAUGCUCAAAAUGAUCUCCAGAAUAUGUCUGAUGAAUUGGCACAGCUGUAUCAUCAUGUAUGUGCUGUCAACGGUGAAACACCAUCACGAGUCAUCCUGGAUCACGAAAAGAUACCUGAGAAAGAAGAAGGCGAGGACAAUAAUAAAAUCGAAUGGUUUAGAACUCUUUCAAAGACAGAUGUUCCCAUCAAAGAUCUUGAAAGUCUAUCGAAGGCCAAUGAAAUCAGUCGGCACAUAGAAACUGCAAUGGAUCAAAUUAAACAUUUGAGAAAUGCGGUCGAACAUACCAUAGAAAUGAGUAAAGGAAAUCAAGCAAAUAUAUCUAAUUCAAAUAAUGAAAACAAGGCUGAUGAGGGUGAUUUACAAGAACAGGUGAUAAAACUUAAAGCUUUAUUAUCGGCAAAACGUGAACAGAUUGCAACUUUACGUACUGUUUUGAAAUCUAAUAAAAACACUGCUGAAGUUGCUUUGAACAAUUUGAAGAGUAAAUAUGAAAGUGAGAAGAGUAUUGUUAGUGAGACUAUUUCGAAGUUGAGAAAUGAACUUAGACGAUUAAAAGAAAAUGCUGCCACUUUUUCGAGUCUACGUGCGAUGUUUGCGGCACGGUGUGAGGAGUAUGUCACACAAGUUGAUGAGCUACAGCGUCAAUUAGCAGUAGCAGAGGAAGAUAGAAAAACUUUGAACCAUCUGCUACGUCUCGCCGUUCAGCAAAAACUUGGGCUGACAAUGAAACUCGAAGAAUUAGAGGUAGAUCGUGAGUUGAGAAAUACGCGACAUAUGAGACAUGGGGGCAGUGGUAACGGACGUGGUGCUCGUCCCCGUAUGCAACAGUCAAACCGUCCUCAUAUGGGUAGAGAUUUCUUCUAGAAAAUGGUAAAGAUAUGGAGCAAAGUGUUUUGAGUGAUGAUGAAAUUACUAAAUAGCAGUAUAUUCGCUUCUUCCCUCAACAACUAUUAAAAAACAUUAAAAUAAUUGCCUUGGGGAAUUGACAGUAAUUUGAGAAAAGUAAUGAAUGGUAUUGCAAAGAUAUUUUUACAGAAAUCACAUUCGAGGAAUCGUCACUAUGAACUUGUCGAUAUAGUAUAAUUUCCCAAUGGAUUAUAGAUAGAUGUAGAGGUUGCCUCUGUAUUCAUCACUUACGCUCCAUGUCAUUAAUAGUCUAGUAGAAAAAAGAAAAUGAAAUAUUCGUUACCAAUUUUAAUCACAAGGACAUUGAAAUGUUGGGUUUUUAUUAGAGAAAAUUAAUGUAGUGACAAUACUAUCGUAUGGAAGUGUAGAAUUUCAUAAUCAUAUAGUCGAGAAUACUUAGGGUUUUCAUUCUGAGGCAAAACCUAGAGAUUGUAGAAUUUUUGUAUUGGAAAUAAAAAUAUUUGUAGUUUUUCUAGUAUACUUUGGUAUACUUCGAUUAACUUAGUUUAAAUGAACGAAAAAAAAACGAAGAAAAGAUUCCGUCGCAUCCUAUAAUAUACUUUGUAAUUUUAAUUGAAUUUAUUCGUUGGUCUAAUAUUGUUUUCAAUCUAAUGAUCUAUUUUCAAGUCUUGAGUCAUAAUCAACUUAGAAAUUUAUCUAUUUCUAUUCUCGAUUGAUAUUAAAAACAUUGACUAGUAUUAUAUUAAGUCGUUCAAUCAAAUCAACUAGUUUUUAUUUCAAUUAACUAAUUCAUUAAUUUAUUUAUCAUUAUUGUUAAUCGGCUAACAAUUUGACGAAAAAUGAUUAAAAAUAGUCUUGAUGAGGUGAUGGCUAAAUAACAAUUUUUUAAAAUAAAUUUGUAAUUUAUGCAGCUAUAAUAAUUAUAAUCAUGUUCUUAAAUCGUUGAAUGAGAAAAAAAAAUCUAUCACCAGCAACGUCCAUAUUUUAAGUACAUACGAGGCCAAAUAAAACAAAGAUUGAUUUAGAAAACAAAAAAAAACGUUAUUGAACUUAUCAUAAAUUUUAUCUAUUGUCCAAAUAUACUUACGAAUUCUUGUCAACGACGACAUAAGAAUUUGUUGCCAAUCAUAUGAACUUAUAAUCGAAGGUAGCUAAUCUUAUAUUUACACACUCUCUAUGAUGAUGUCGUCGUAGAAAUUCGUAAAGUUCUAAGUCUGUUAUUUAUUAAUAUUAUUACUAAAUUGUAUGUUAAUUAUUGCGAUUAUUUGUCGAUGCUAUCUGUUAUACAUUUAGCUCGAUAGUAAAUGAAAACAGAGAGACAACUUAUAUUGAUCAUUUUAUUGACUGAUCAAUUGUCGCCCUUGUAUUUGUACCGAACCAUCCAUAUGACGUCCAUGUUUAUAUAAAGUGGAUACCAAUAAUUUGUGUAUUUUAUUUGCAUAUCAUAAUCAUUUUUUUAUUGGUACGAAAUUUUUAUAUAUAACUGCAUAGAUUUAUGUAUGUAUUUUUAUGAAUUGUAUUAUUAUUAUGUUUUAAUAUUAUUCUAGUUAUUAUGAUCAAUAAUUAAUUGAUUAAUUGAUUAAUUCAUCAUUGUUAUUUUAAAAUUGUUUUCUUUUUUACAAUGUUAUAUUAUGAGUGAAGUGAAAUGAUAUGAGCGAAAGUUUAUGCUUUAUUAUUAUGUCCAAAAACCGAGCCAGCCUCAGAUCACCGUCCCUUUCCCUAUUUUUCCACAUCGUCGCCGUUAAAUGAAAUUUAUCUUCAACUUAUUACUCCUUCACUUGCUUUUAAUGAAUAACUGUUUCGUGCUCAGUGAAAAUAUUUUAUCUUUAAUUAUUUUUUAACUUUUUUCUUACCCUCUUUUUUAUGGAAUAAUUAUACAUUUUUUUCAACAUGUUACUUUUAAUUCAUUUCCAAGUUGGCUAUUAUUUUUGCUAAUAAUUUUUUAUUCAUUUUAAAAAUACAUUGUUAAAAUUAUUAAUACCUGAGUGGAAAUUGUGAGAAAUAUAUGAGGCAAGUUAAUCAAUAAGAAGACCAACUAUGUAUUAAUUGUACCAUUGCGUCCUUUAUGUCGAGCAUUAUCACGGCGACGUGUGUCUGUUUAUUAAUGUAAGAAUAUAUAAUGCAUCAAUUAAUACUAUUAUUAUGAUUAUUAUUGUCAUUGAUAAUUAUUCAAAGUAUACUACAAGUAUAAAUACAAAUUGAUCUGAAUUUGUAAAUAAUGUAAAUGCUCAUUUUGGUAUUGUAUUAUAAAUAUUAGAGAUUAGUCCUUGAAUCAAAAAUUAUUUUUCAACGACUACUCAUUUAAUUAUCACUGAGAGAAAAAAAAACAACUAGUCUCAAGUUAGUUAAAGUGGUGGAAAUAGUGGAAGCUUUCUUCGUAGCAAAAAAAAAAUAUUGUAGCACAUUUAAAAGUAACUUUACUACCUUUUUAUCUUUACUUAUUUCACGCCUCUUUUUUAUCUUGAUAAGUAAUCAAAUUGUUGAAGAGAAUUUUCAAUAAAAAUGUGUUAAUCUAAGAUGAAAAUUGUCAUAAAAAGUUCAUUAUUCGUUAUUCUUUAUAAGAAAAGUUAUUUUUUCUCUCAGUCUAGGGUCACUCGAUCGUUUCCAAUAGUAUAAAAUUUCGAUUAAGUCAAAGUAAAAUGAAAUAGUUGUAAGAUAACAAAUUGACAAUUUGUCAAAGCUAAAUGUCAAGGAAAUUUAAUAUUAUAUUACGUCCAAUAAUAGAUAAUUUGUUUUGUAAUAUAAAUUGAUUGAAAAUAUAACCAUUUAUAAUCAUG